AUGACUAGCAGUUGCGAGAAGAGCCAAGAUUUACCUCGUGAAUGGAACAAAUGCGUACGCUAUGAACAGUUAUCCAUGUUACUUCAGAUUUUUCGAAGUGCCAAUGACCUGUUUGCUGUAUACGACCGCAAAUCAACGCCAAACACCAGGAAAAUCGCAUCUUCUCAGUUAGCGGCCGGCCCUACGAUCGAUCUUUUAAGUGCCAACAUUGAUGUUGCUGUCUUUGAUGAUGAUGAUGAUGACGAUGAUGAUGAUGAUGCUGAUGAUGAUGAUGACGAUGAUGAUGAUGAUGCUGAUGAUGAUGAUGACGAUGAUGAUGAUGAUGCUGAUGAUGAUGAUGACGAUGAUGAUGAUGAUGCUGAUGAUGAUGAUGACGAUGAUGAUGAUGAUGCUGAUGAUGAUGAUGACGAUGAUGAUGAUGAUGCUGAUGAUGAUGAUGACGAUGAUGAUGAUGAUGCUGAUGAUGAUGAUGAAGAUGAUUCGGAUGAUGGUGAUGAUGACGGUGAUGAUGAUGAUUCGGAUGACGAUAAUGAUGGUGAGGCAUUGUUGAUUCACUCAAUCGAUCCGAGUCUGUGCAUUCACAAGGCUUUCGUACAUGCAUUGGGUCUUCCAUGGCCCGCUCAUGCGUCCACUGGCAGCUCGGACUAG